AUGACGGCCACCGAGCAGCCGCCAGCACAGCAGGCGCCCGCCUUUCCCCUGCCGCGCAUCUUGACCUACCAAUCUUCCUCCUCGUCCUCCCCCUCGUCACCACCUCCCACCCUCGUUGCCCAGGGUGCCGAGGCCCGUGUCUACCGCACGACCUACUUGGAGCCCGACCGCCCCUGCGCCCUCAAGUACCGUCCGCCCAAACCAUACCGGCACCCCGUUCUGGACGCCCGUCUGACCCGCCAGCGGAUCCUGGCCGAGGCGCGCAUUCUGCACAAGUGCCGCCGCGAGGGCGUACCCGUGCCGGCGCUGUAUGCGGUGGAUGUCGAGGAGGACGGCGCAGACGGGCGGACGAAUGGAGGGAGUCUGUUGACGGAGUGGAUCGAGGGCGGGCCGGUGCGGGCGCGGCUGAAUGCGUGGUUGGCGACCAAGCCUGUGCCGUCCGCCGACACAGGCGCGGAUACGAACACCGUCGUCGGCGGGGAGGAGGACCUCGCGCAGCUCCGCGCGGACCCGUCGCUGCAGGCCCUCCUCCGGCGAAUGGGCACGGCCGUGGGCAGUCUGCACCGCGUGGGCGUUGUGCAUGGUGAUUUGACGACGAGCAACCUGAUGCUGCGGACGGUCGAUGCGAGUGCGGCGGGCGACACCAGUGGGACGACCGACGGCGCGACGGCACCGUCGCUGGACGGGGACAUCGUGAUGAUCGAUUUCGGCCUGGCGAGCCAGAGCUCGUCGGAUGAGGACCGGGCGGUGGACCUGUACGUGCUGGAGCGGGCGUUUGGGAGCACGCACCCGCGGGCGGAGGCGCUGUUUGAGGAGGUGAUCAAGGCGUACGGCCGAGCGUUUAAGCAGUCUGGGCCGGUGCUGCGGAAACUGGAGGACGUGCGGAUGCGAGGGCGGAAGCGAAGCAUGCUUGGGUGA